ACGUGACCUAUCAUUUCGUAUAUAUGAGACCAGAGACUGUGAUCAGGUCAGUACUAGCCGUACAGGUGACGCACGCACAACUCACUCUCAAGUGUACUCUUCUCCGAGAAUAAACCAUGAAUUUGUGUCUCAUCUUCCUGGCGGUGGGCUGUCUGGCGACCCCAUGUACGGCACAAGGACUUUCCUGGCUCUUCAGACGCCUCCAUAAAGCAGGUCGCCAUAACAUUCGCGACCUCAGCGGCGACCGUCACACCUCCCAUCAAAUGACGAUAGAUCAACCUUUCAACUUUUAUGAACACUUGCGUCUGUGCACCAACGACCGCGUGUGUGGGCGUGGCCAGUUCUGCGACCAGCACUACGGCGUGUGUCGGGACCACAUGACGGAGGGACAGGAGUGUCGUGAGGACGCCAUGUGUGAGGGCGGAUACGACUGCAUGUUCGGCGUGUGCCAAAAGCGCAUCAAGCGUGGGCGUGAGGGCGCCAGGUGCCGCAAGGAGAGGGAUUGUGGAGCAGGGAUGUGCUGCGCUCGUCGCCAUGGAGAGCAGGUGUGUCAGCGGCGUCUGCCGUUGGGCCACAAGUGCUACGUACCUGAGGGCGGCCUCGACUACUCCAUAAACCAAGUUUGUCCGUGCGAGAGCGGCCUUGUGUGCAAAUACACGGCUGAACAGCCUCCUUCCAGGCACCAGCUCAUCGCCCUCAUAUCGGCCUCCGAGGACAUGCACUGCGCAGCGCCCUCGCACCGCGUCGACUGACAUGUCAAGAAUCAAGAGUUAAUUGUGCUCUCGCCUUUGGCUUUACAU